GUUAUUUCCCCUGGAUGCCUGCCUACCUUUGCUCUGAGAGUUUCAGAGGAGGAUCCAAUACACUUAGCCUGCCAGCUCUUCCAGGAGUACUCUUCAAGCCUGCUGCUGCUCCUGCCACACUGCCUGAAAGGGACCUGACACACCACACAAGGAAUUUUGAUUUCUUCUGGGGAACCAAAACUAAAAAGGCAGGAAAACCCAUCUGGAGGUUGUGAAGAAGACAUACAGUCAGAGCAAGAAGUGGCACACUCUUUCCUUACGAAACAAACACACACAAGAGAAAAAAAACCCACCCUAACUUCUCUGCCAGGUGUAUGGGACUUAGAUUCUUGAAGCACUGCACUGAACUGUUAAAGGUAAACUAUGACCACUUUGCUAUUAGUGUUUGUGUAUUUGCGAGUCAUCACUGCAGCCUUCUCUGUGGAGCUUUCAGACAAUGGUGAUGGACUGGAAGUGAGGAUACCUGAACAGUCUCCUCUGAAAGUUGUGCUGGGAAACUCUCUGAUUAUCCCCUGCUACUUCAGCGACCCAAUAGAUUAUGAUACCAUCUCUCCUCUGACCCCAAGAAUCAAAUGGAGCAGACUCUCUGAUGGGAAGGAAGUAGUCUUGCUAGUGGCCACAGAUGGGAAAGUUCGAAUCAACACUGAGUACAAGGAGGUGAUAUCUAUGCCCAAUUAUCCUGCCAUCCCCACUGAUGCCAGCUUGGAAAUAAAGGCAUUAAGGUCCAAUGACAGUGGGAUUUAUCGCUGUGGAGUGAUGCAUGGUAUCGAGGACAGACAGGACACAAUUGAGGUCAUAGUGAAAGGAGUCGUGUUCCAUUACAGAGCCAUCUCCACCAGGUACACCUUGAACUUUGAGAAGGCAAAGCAGGCCUGUAUUCAGAACAGUGCUGUCAUCGCAACCCCCGAACAGCUGCAGGCUGCCUAUGAAGAUGGGUUUGAACAGUGUGAUGCCGGCUGGCUGGCUGAUCAGACUGUCAGGUACCCUAUCCAUUUCCCUCGGGAGCGUUGCUAUGGUGACAAAGAUGAGUUUCCUGGCGUGAGAACUUACGGCGUUCGAGAGACUGACGAAACAUAUGACGUCUAUUGUUAUGCAGAAGAAAUAAAAGGUCAAGUCUUCUAUGCCACUUCCCCAGCGAAGUUUACUUUCCAGGAAGCUGCAGAGAAAUGCCACAGUCUUGGAGCCCGUUUGGCCACCACAGGAGAGCUGUACCUGGCCUGGAAGGGUGGCAUGGAUGUGUGCAGUGCAGGCUGGCUGGCAGACCAAAGCGUUAGGUACCCCAUCUCCAAGGCACGUCCAAACUGCGGUGGGAACCUGGUGGGGGUGCGGACAGUAUACCUGUAUGUCAAUCAGACUGGGUACCCUCACCCCCAUACUCGCUAUGAUGCCAUCUGCUACACAGGCGAGGACUUUGAAGGUUUGGUCCCGGAGAAUUUCACCGACGAAACAGCAGGUGAAUUGGGCAGUGCCUUCACCAUCCAAACUGUCACUCGAACUGAAGUAGAGCUACCUCUCCCAUACAACGUCACGGAGGAGGAAGCUCGUGGCAGCAUUGCGACCCUGGGGCCAAUUGACAUUACGCCCACUGCCUCAGAGCUGUAUGAAGGCUUCACGGUGACACCUGGUCUUUUUGCCACCGGCAUCACUGCUGAAACAGCUUUCACGGAGGCAGAGAACGUGACUGAAGAGGAAGCCACACCAGUGUGGGCCAUUCCUGAAGAGGUCACCACCUGGGCACUGGAGACUUUCUACACCAGCGAGGCACCAGAGGUGAGCUCGGUGGAGGAGGCCUUGGGGGUGACUGCCACCCCAGAACUAGAGUCUGCCUCAGCAUUUACAGUGGAAGAACAGAUUGUGCAGGUGACAGCCGCUCCUGACAUCGCACUCAUUCCUGAGCAGCCCAUUUCUCCCACCGGUGUUGUAUUUCAUUACCGACCGGCCACCAACAGAUAUUCCCUCAAUUUCGUCCAAGCCCAACAGGCCUGCCUGGUUAACAAUGCUGUCAUUGCUACUCCCGAACAGCUGCAGGCGGCCUAUGAGGCUGGCUUUGAUCAAUGUGAUGCUGGCUGGCUGCGGGACCAGACAGUCAGAUAUCCCAUUGUGACUCCACGGAGCAGAUGUGUAGGAGACAAGGACAGCUCCCCAGGCAUUCGGACAUAUGGCAUGCGCCCAGCAUCAGAGAUGUAUGACGUGUACUGUUACAUUGACCGACUGAAUGGUGAGGUGUUCUUUGCAACCCAGCCAGGUCAGUUCACCUUCCAAGAAGCCCAGGAAUACUGUGAAAGCCAAAAUUCCACCUUGGCCUCGACUGGACAACUGCAGGCUGCCUGGAAGCUGGGCCUGGAUAGAUGCCAUGCCGGCUGGCUUGCCGAUGGCAGCCUCCGAUAUCCUAUUGUUACCCCACGUGCUGCAUGUGGUGGAGACAAACCUGGAGUGAGGACCAUCUACCUGAACCCUAACCAAACAGGAUUUCCUGACCCACUGUCAAGGCACCACGCAUACUGUUUCAGAGCCCUGCCAUCUCUGCAGGAAGUUGAAGGAGCUACCCCAUUCUUUGAAGAAGAUCUGAUUGCAACCCAAGUGAUCCCUGGAGUGGAGGAAGUGCCUUCUGGGGAAGAGACAACUGUGGAAACGGAGCUUGCCACUGGACCUGAAAAUCAGACAGAAUGGGGAACAGAAGUCUUUCCAACUGACAUAUCAUUGCUAUCAGUGAGUCCAUCUGUUUUCCCUCCUGUUAGUGCAAUACCAGAAGAAACAAGUGCAGAGGCUUCUGUCAGUGGCGUGUCAGGGGACAUCUCUGCAUCUGGAGAGCCUCAAAUCAGCGGUGAACCAACAAUUUCAGGCUGGGUGUCUGGAGCCCCAGAUGUAAGCGGGGAACCAGCAUCUGGAAUUUUUGAACCUAGCGGAGAACCCUCAGGGAUUGGAGAAAGUGGAAUGCCAUCUGCAGAUCUGGAUAUCAGUGGCCUCCUUUCUGGAGAGAGUGGUCUCCCCUCGGGGGACAUAAGUGGAAUGCCCCCGGUAAUUAUUGAUGUCAGUGGUUUGCCUUCUGGAGAGGAAGACCUAGCAGUGUCUGCUUCUGGAAUCCCAGACAUCAGUGGGAUGCCAUCUGGAGAGGAAAUCAGUGAGCUUCCAGAAAUCAGUGGACUGCCUUCUGGAUUUAGUGGAGAAGUCUCUGGUGUUGAACUAACCAGUGGCCUUCCAUCUGGAGAGGAAAGUGGACUGCCAUCUGGUAUUCCUACUGUCUACAUUGACCAUACCACUUUGGUGGAAGUUGUAACAACUGCAGCAGAAAGGGAACAGGAAGGGAAAGGAGUAAUUGGGGUCAGUGGUGAAGGAGACCUGUCAGGUUUACCCUCUGCUGAAUGGGACAUCAGUGGAAAAAUCAGUGGGUUCCCCUCAGGAGCUGAUAUCAGCGGAGAACCCUCUGCCAUACCUGAUAUCAGCGGAGCACCAUCGGGAAUACCUGAUAUCAGUGGGUUGCCCUCAGGAGUGGACAUCAGCGGAAUGCCCUCUGGGAUACCUGAUAUCAGUGGAUUACCUUCAGGAAUUGAUAUCAGUGGAGCACCAUCUGGGAUACCUGACAUAAGUGGUUUUGUUGACCUCAGUGGCCUGGUUUCUGGUGGUGAUGAAAGUGGUGAGCCCUCAGGCAUUACCUUUAUAAAUGCCAGUGUGGUUGAAGUGACAACCCCUUCCAUUACAGAAGCAGAAGCAAAAGAGAUUUUGGAAAUCAGUGGAUUGCCUUCGGGAGAGGAAGAUAUAUCAGGCGCGGUAUCUGGAAUUUUAGAUGUUAGUGGGUUGCCUUCAGGGCUAGUAGACUUCAGUGGGGAUGUUUCGGGAAUGCCUGAAAUAAGUGGACUUCCAAGUGGAAUACCCGACAUCAGUGGAGAAAUCUCUGGUGUUGAGGUCAGUAGUGGCCAGCCCUCUGGUGUUUAUGAUUAUAGUGGGCUCCAGUCUGGCCUUCCCACUAUCUCUCUUGUGGAUACAACCUUGGUAGAAGUUGUAACACAGACAUCUGUCACACAGGAGGCAGGGGAAGGGCCAUCUGGGGUGUUAGAAAUUAGUGGACUUCCUUCAGGGGAAAGAGAAACAUCUGGAGAAGUGUCUGGAAUGGUGGAUAUUAGUGGCUUACCCUCAGGGACAGCAGACAUCAGUGGGGAGCCAUCAAGUGUUCCAUAUUUUAGUGGAGACAUCUCUGGAGUCACAGACCUAAGUGGACUGACCUCAGCAGUGACUGAAGUUAGUGGGGAGGAAUCAGGACUUCCAGAAGUGACAUUAAUUACUUCUGAUCUAGAAGAAGUAGUGACAAAGCCAACAGUUUCACAGGAGCUAGGUGGAGAAACGGCUGUCACAGUCCCACAUAUCUUUGAAGCAAGUGGGGAUGCUUCUGCAUCUGGCGAAAGUAGUGGGGAAACAUCUGCAUUGCCUGAAAUUAGUCCAGAAACAUCAACAGCUUAUGAAAUCAGUGGUGAAACAUCAGCAUUCCCUGAAGCUGCCACAGAAUCAUCAACAGCUCGUGAAAUCAGUGGCGAAACAUCAGCAUUGCCCGAAAUCAGCAUUGAGACUUCAACAGUUCAUGAAACCAGUGGUGAAACAUCUGCAUUCCCUGAAAUUAGUAUUGAAACUUCAACUGUUCAUGAAACCAGCGGUGAAACAUCUGCAUUGCCUGAAAUUCACAUAGAAACUGCUACAGUUCAAGAAGCCAGUGGUGAAACAUCAGCAUUGCCCGAAAUUAGCAUAGAAACUGCCACCGUUGGUGGAACCAGUGGUGAAAUAUCAGCAUUGCCUGAAAUCAGUAUAGAAACUGCUACAGUUGGUGAAACCAGUGAUGAAACAUCAGCAUUGCCUGAAAUUAGUAUAGAAGCUGCUACAGUUGGUGAAACCAGUGAUGAAACAUCAGCAUUGCCUGAAAUUAGUAUAGAAACUGCUACAGUUGGUGGAACCAGUGAUGAAACAUCAGCAUUGCCCGAAAUUAGUAUAGAAACUGCUACAGUUGGUGGAACCAGUGAUGAAACAUCAGCAUUGCCCGAAAUUAGCAUAGAAACUGCUACCGUUCAUGAAACCAGCAGUGAAACAUCCACGUUGCCUGAAAUUAGCAUAGAAACUGCUACAGUUCAUGAAUCCAGUGGUGAAACAUCCACAUUCCCUGAAACUACCACUGACACAUCUGGCAUAUCUUUGGUCAGUGGCGAAUCUUCUGGAACACCUGAAGAGAGGAGGGAAAUUUCUACGGAUACUUCAGGAACACACACACACACAAUCCCAGACAUCUCAGGAGAAACCUCUGCCCCAGACAUUGUAAUCAGUACCAGUAUUCCAGAUGUUGAAUUAACACAAGAGCCCAAGGGUCCUGAAGAGGCCCAGCUUGAAAUAGAGUCCUCUACUCCUAUGGUGUCAGGACAAGAGACAGAAACAGCUGCUGUUCUAGAAACUCUACUGAUAUCACCCACUGCCACUGCUAUCCUGCCUCAAGUUUCACAAGAAGCAACAGAUGUUCCAAGGCUCACUGCAGAAGUUGCACCCAAGACAUGUGAUGAGAACCCCUGUGGAGCUGGCACCUGCCAAGAACGAGAUGGAGGUAUCACUUGCUUGUGCCCACCAGGGUACAUGGGGGAUCGCUGUGAUAUAGACAUUGAUGAGUGCCACUCAAGCCCCUGUCUGAAUGGAGCUACCUGCGUUGAUGGCAUCGACUCUUUCAAAUGCUUAUGCCUUCCCAGCUACGGAGGGGACCUGUGUGAGAUCGACCUGGAGGACUGUGAAGUGGGUUGGACCAAGUUCCAGGGCCAUUGUUACAGGCACUUUGAAGAGAGAGAGACCUGGGUGGAUGCUGAGACACGGUGCCGAGAACACCAGGCUCAUCUUAGCAGUAUCAUCACCCCUGAAGAGCAAGACUUUGUGAACAACCAUGCACAGGAUUACCAGUGGAUCGGUCUCAGUGACAGAGCUGUUGAACAUGACUUCCGUUGGUCUGAUGGGAACUCCCUACAAUAUGAGAAUUGGCGGCCCAACCAGCCUGAUAACUUCUUUGCCACAGGAGAGGACUGUGUCGUGAUGAUUUGGCAUGAGCAGGGAGAGUGGAAUGAUGUCCCAUGCAACUAUCACCUCCCUUUCACGUGCAAGAAGGGAACAGUUGCCUGUGGAGACCCUCCCGUGGUAGAGAAUGCCAGGACUUUUGGAAGAAAGAAGGACCGAUAUGAAAUCAACUCCAUGGUGCGAUACCAGUGUAACCAGGGCUUCAUACAACGCCAUGUGCCCACAAUUCGAUGCCAGCCCAAUGGCCACUGGGAGGAACCACGGAUAGCCUGCAUAAAUCCCUCCACCUACCAACGUAGACUAUACAAGAGAAGCUCUAGGAAUCGGUCAAGAACCAAUGGCAGAGCCGUACAAAGACCCACCCAUUAGAGAGGGGAGAGACACGCAGAGAAGACACAGAGAGAGAUUUUACGGAACAGUUAUAUUAACAGAAUCAAUUUCUUCUUCUUCUUGUUGCUUUUGUCAUAUAAGGGAAAAAAUUAUAUUAAAGAAAAACCCACCUUUUGUGUAUAUAUAAAAAAAAAUUCAAAGCACCAAAGCAAAGCAAAUUAGACUACAGCAUUUUUACUAACCAUCCGGUUCCAAGUAUCUUUGUGCCUUUGGGGAUGGGGAGGGAGCAGGGGCUGUGGAGGGCAGGGGGUUAAGUUAAAUAAUAAAGAAGAUUAUUUUUUCCUGA